GGCGGGAGGGAGAGAGGAGGGAGACCGGGAAGGAGGGAAGGAGGGAGGCGUCUUCCUCUCGGUUCCGGGAAGGGCCUCGGCCGCAGACGCCCCGCGCCAGGACGACCGUCCGACCGACCGACCGACCGACCGACCGACCGACCGACCGCCAUGGCCCGGGACUACGACCAUCUCUUCAAGCUGCUCAUCAUCGGAGACAGCGGUGUGGGCAAGAGCAGUUUGCUGUUACGCUUUGCAGACAACACUUUCUCAGGUAGCUAUAUCACCACGAUCGGGGUAGACUUCAAAAUUCGCACGGUGGAGAUCAACGGGGAGAAGGUGAAGCUGCAGAUCUGGGAUACGGCGGGGCAGGAGCGUUUCCGCACCAUCACCUCCACGUAUUACCGAGGGACCCACGGGGUCAUCGUGGUGUACGACGUCACCAGCGCGGAGUCCUUCGUCAACGUCAAGCGGUGGCUGCAUGAGAUCAACCAGAACUGCGACGACGUGUGCCGGAUAUUAGUGGGGAACAAGAACGAUGAUCCCGAGCGGAAGGUGGUGGAGACGGAAGACGCCCACAAGUUUGCCGGGCAGAUGGGGAUCCAGCUGUUUGAGACCAGUGCCAAGGAGAACGUCAACGUGGAAGAGAUGUUCAACUGUAUCACGGAGCUGGUCCUGCGAGCCAAGAAGGAAAACCUGGCGAAGCAGCAGCAGCAGCAACAGAACGACGUGGUGAAGCUCACGAAGAACAGUAAACGGAAGAAGCGGUGCUGCUAAUGGUGCCUCCCUCUGCAGAGACUCCCGCGGUCCCGGCCCGGGCGCGCCCCGCCUCGGCCCGUUAUUUAAAAGAUUUUUCUCCACGUUCCCUCCUGGGCGGCGGCGGCGGCGGCGCGCUCCCUCUCGGGUGCGGAGAGGGUAACGGACGGGCCCCCGCC